ACUAAUGAUGUGAAUGUUUAUAGUGGAACUAGUAUGGAGUUAACUGUUAACUGUACUUCAGUUCGACGGGAGUUGGAUCUGUUUAACGGAGUGGAAAUUUUGACUUGUGUAAAAGGAUUUUUUGUUUUAUUCCAAGCUAUACAAACAGCCAUGCCUGAAUCGAUUAUGGAUUAUUAUAACUUAGUGUCAGAUGGAAAAUACUAGUAGUAUUUGUAUUGCUUGAUUGGAUUAGACGGUAAAUGAUUUACAUUUUUGGUCCUAGAAAUUCAAGAUAGUGUGAUACCGCAUAUUAAGUUACACCGAAGGGUUGCGUGGACUCUAAUGUAAUGACAGUUAUUACUAACAUCCUAGUUCAUCUGAUUUAAAAAUAAGAAAAAGUAAUAAGCGUUAGGUAGAAGUUGAAAAAUGAAAUAUUUUUUUAAUUAUUAUUAUUAUUAAACAAACUAAUAAGAAAAUCAUCAAGUAUCAAGUGGAAAUUAACAGAAAAACAGUCAAUACAUUUUAAUCAUUUAGUAACAUAAAACUUAAGAUUCAAACUUUCAGCAGAAGACUAUUGGAGGAUCGAUUAACACGAUGUCAGGUGAACACAUGUUCCAAAACAAUUAAUCGGUUUCAUUAUAGAAUAAAUGUCAUAACUUUUAUCAGAGAGUAUAAUGACAUAAAGUAUAAAUCUCAGACAGGAUAGCUGAACAAUCAAUGGAACUUGUGCAGCUGGUAAUGAUAAAUUGAUAUUUUUUUCACUGGACGUGAAGAAAGCAGUCCUAACAACGUGUCGGUACAGCCCAUAUGGUACAAUGGAGGAUUUUUAAACAGUCUAUGAGAUGGCACAGAAGAAAGAAAGAACCAAUUGUUUUGUAAAAUCAAACCAAUUAAGAAAAAGCGAGAAAGUCGUACGGGUACCUUUGACAGGAUGGGCCGUGGAUUCGCAGAAAGAAGAUUAUGGCAUUACUCAGUGGUGCGAAUGGAGCAGCAACAGAAGAAAAAGCAAAAUUACUGGUAGGAAAUUCGAAAGUGAAGACAAUUACUGCGAAAUCUUUCGCAACUGUUUUCGUGAAAAAUGCUCAUCCAUAGACAAUUACCUUGUGUUCCAAAGGGAGAGUCUGAUCGAACGUUUCCAAGAGAAUUGUCAGUUUUCCGGAUCUCACAUAGACACGUCGGAGAUCAAGCCCACUGCUGACGAAGAAAAGGAUCGGGAUACUCGUUCCGUGAAGUCCAAGGAUGAACCCAAGUCUCCCAGACGUCUGUGCAAAAGUGCUAACUCGUCGAGCCACUCCCGUACAGGAACUCCGGGACAAAAUGGCGUCACAGCAGACGACACUCUAUCCGUUCCCCCAAGAAGCCACAGUGUUACGGAUAUUCAAUCGGAUACUCAUGCAGAUGUUGAGAAGGUUCUGGAGAACAAGCCUAAGGUGAGCAAGUUGGCGCCUCUUGCCGUCCAGAAAUACAUUCAGAAAGAAGAUGCUAUGCCCGAUGAAGGGGAAGAUGAAAAUGACGAAGGAUACGGCUCUAAAAUAUCCAGCAAUGAAACAGAAGUCGAUGUCGCCGACAGCAGUGGGCAACAGGGGCAACAUGGGCAACAUGGGCAACAGGGACAGCAUGGACAUCAUGGACAACAUACUGGUAGUGUUAUUAAGCAAGAGGAUGGUGGUAAAGUUUAUCAGAAUGAAAGUACAUUUAAGUGGAUACGAGAAAACGAUAAUAGUAGAAUUGUUAAGCUAUCCUAUUCACAAAAAGAUAAAAGUAUAUAUAGCGAGUCGAAUGAUAAUGAUGCCAGAAACGUGAACUUGACGGGUGAGACUAAUACUCAGCAGGGUGGUCGUUGUAUAAGGGGGAUCAUGGCAGCAAGCUUGAGUCACCUGUCUCCGGGAACCAUGCAUUUUCAUCAUCUCAGAGAUCCCAACAAGAUGGCGUAUUUGAACCAUGUCGAUUCGCCAAGAUGGGGAUACGAAAACAACAGCAAUGGACAGUUUCUUCCCAACAGAGAGCAAAAGGUUACGGACAACACGCCGGAGAUCAAACCAACAGCAAUUGUGUUGCGAAAAGUUACCAUACAAAACUGUAACGGGAAUGAGCAAGAGAAUACCACCCCAGACGUGAAAAAUGAUGAAUCUUUGCGCGAUACAAUGUCCAGUAGGGAAAGGACCAGGUUUAGUCUUCACAGAACGAGCCCUCAGUUAAUCGUGGAUUCAACCAAACUUCCUAGGAACGUCUCCAUUCCUUCCUCAAGACACUAUACCUAUUAUACCGACAGUGCCAAUAAUUCUUUUGUUACUCACCUAGAAAACCCAAAGACGCCCAUGUCGGGUGUCAUCGGUGAUUGCGAUGAAACUUUAAGCCAGUUGUAUAUUACGGACAGGAGUACCCCUGGGUAUUUUCCCAUCGGGGACCUACUCCCAGCAGUGGAGCGAAACAUUCGCCAGAGGUCCGAUAAUUUGCUGCACAAAUCUGCGUCCGCGGGGAGUUUCUCGUACAGUGCUAAGGACAGCAAACAGUCGCUGAUGGACUCGCGGUCUAUAUCCGAUAAUGACACGACCAUGAUCACGAAACAAGACGUUGAGAUAAUCCACGCAUCGUACAUAGCACCUCACGGACCCCCAGCAUUCCGGCCACUGUACGCGAGGUCCCCACUCCAGAGAGCGAGAGAGAUCGCGACACGAAGACUCCAUGGCCAUGUAACGCAGCAACCGGAUGGAUCCUCAACAAUUCGGGUAUCAUCUCCUAGAUUCGGCUACCGGCACGACACGCGUCCAAUUCUCAGACAGGAUACUGUCGACCAAAUGGAUUCUGCUGGAAGGAAAUCCGAAGUUAAGUUGGCCUUGCUCGGUUCUGUGUCUAAACUUCAGCACAGAUCAUAUUCAGCACGAUCCACUACUUCUCGGCGGAAUCGUCAAAGGCCCAUUCAAAGGGAACGUGUGAUAGGCCUAUACCCUGACCUGUCUAACUAAUGUCCACUUUGCCAAAAUGUAUAUCAAUGUAUUGUGGUAUUUAAACAACGAGACGAGAAGGUAGCCUGAUAAAACAUAUUCCUAUGCAAUUUAGUAUAUUAAAUUAUUUUAUCAAACCCACA